GCUGCUCUCCGAUCUGGAUGAAGGUUUAACUCGGAGCUGCGGACGUGGACCGGGACCGCACCACUCGAACUGAGGGAUUACCGGCUAACAAACAAAGAAACUCCAAACAGGAUGUAAACGUAAACAAACCUCGGAGAGAGCUGCAGAAUGUCCAGAGGAACAAAAGAGACUUCUGCUUCUACGAGCCGCGGCGGACACCACUAACCAGCGGCUACACCGGCUAACGCUAGCGGAGUGAAUGCUAACUACACCCUGACAGACUUUAUGAGGUGGACUCCCCUUCAUCCUUUGCUUGUGAAGUCUCACUGACACUCCCUCGUCAUGGCCGCAGUGGUCAGCUACUCUCCGCCAUGGUGGGUGAAACUGCUCCACAGGCUUCCACAUUUCAACCUCAGGUUCGAGCAAACCAGCGGCGACUUCCAACCGGAGGACUGGACAUAUCAACAGUCCAUCCUGUUAUUGGGAGGUGUGGCGCUCGCCUGUCUGGCCCUGGACCUCCUGUUCCUGCUCUUCUACUCCAUCUGGCUGUGCUGCCGGCGAAACAGAAAUGUUGAGCAGCCCAAGGCCGACUGCUGCUGCACGGCCUGGUGUGUUAUCAUCGCAACACUUGUCUGCAGCGCUGGCAUUGCUGUCGGUUUCUAUGGGAACGGCGAGACUUGUGAUGGAGUGAAUCGGGUGACGUAUUCCCUGCGCCAUGCUAACCGCACAAUCGUUGGAGUGCAGACGCUGGUACAUGACAGUACAUCCUCAUUGAACCAAACCGUAGACGACAACCUGCAGCAGCUUGAGGGCCAGUAUGCGGGGCACGCGGACUACCUGUCCAUCGUCCAAAAGCUGCAAGGCCAGCUGGACGAGCUGGUGAAACAGAUGGUGGAGAUUCCCUUCUGGGACAACAGUAACAUCUCCCUGGAGGAGCUCGCCGUCAACAUUGAGCUGUAUGAUUGGUACAGGUGGCUGGGCUACAUAAGCCUGCUACUGUUCGACGUCCUCAUCUGCCUCCUGGUGCUGUUUGGCCUCAUUCGCAACUCCAAGGGAACGCUUAUUGGGGUUUGCUUGUUUGGCGUAGUGGCUCUGGUUAUCAGCUGGGCCUCCUUGGGGAUAGAAUUAGCCGUCUCUGCGACCUCGAGUGACUUCUGUGUUGCUCCUGACACGUAUGUCACAAAAGUGGCCGACCAGUACGGAGUCGUCAAUAAAGAAAUCCUGCAGUACUAUCUUAUUUGCAAUCUGGAAAAGACCAAUCCAUUCCAGCAGAAGCUUUCAGGCGGUCACAAAGCAUUAGUGGAGAUGCAGGACGACGUGUCCGAGCUGCUGCGCUCUGCCACCGGGGAAUACAAGCAAACUAAGGAAAGUUUGGACGAGAUUCAGGGGAUACUGAACACCACGGAGAUCAGCCUGCAUCAACUCACUGCACUGGUGGACUGUCGCAGCCUGCACAUGGACUAUGUCCAGGCCAUGACAGGUCUGUGUUACGAUGGACUGGAAGGCCUCAUCUACCUCGUGCUCUUCUCCUUCGUCACUGCUCUCAUGUUCAGCUCGAUUGUUUGCAGCGUGCCUCACACCUGGCGGACCAAGAGGAGCGAGGACGACAUUGAGGAUGAGACUCUGAGCCACGGAGGAAGGCAGAACCAUGAUAACCUGUACCGGGUCCACAUGCCCAGCCUGUACAGCUGUGGCAGCAGCUAUGGCAGUGAGACCUCCAUCCCUGCGGCCGCCCACACCGUCAGCAACGCACCUGUGACAGAGUACAUGGCUCAGAACGCCAGCUUCCAGAACUCUCGCUGUGAAAACACCCCUCUGAUUGGACGAGAGUCUCCUCCCCCCACGUACACCUCCAGCAUGCGGGCUAAGUACCUGGCUAACAGCCGACCGGAGCCGACCGACCCCCCAGCGCCCUAGACCACACUGGACUCUCUGCACUGGCGUCAGUCAGGGUUUUUCUUUCUUUUUUUUUACUCAGCCGCUCCACCUCCUGUUUUUCCUCCACCAUUAACUCUCCUACUCGACUUGAAACGGAAAACCAAAUGUGCUUUUGCUGAUUGGUUGAAGUGAAAAGUGACGGACGUGACAUCAAAGCUCAUCUCUCCAGUUUCCACAAUCCUUCUGGGAUAUCAUCCUGAUUUGACGGAGCCUGGACUGACGUUUACACUCCUUUUCUUUUUCCUUUACAUUAUGACAUUGUACAGCGUCACAAUCUAACAAGGCUUUGCCGUGUUGAGGACUCUGGAAGUGCUCACUGACUAACACUGAUUACUAUUAGUUGUUUUGGUAAAGUACUGUACCCCCUCCUCCCCCCCUCAGUCUGAGAGGGAGGAAAAUGCCUUACACGUAAUUACGGGAGGAAUCGUCUGAUUUUCUUCCCACCUGAGGAGUAGAUAUCGUUUCUUGCAUUAUUACACAUUCAACAAAAUAUCGAACUAGCGUAGUUAGAAUCAUUUCACAGCGCAACAUCAUGGUUGCUCAGGUUUCGUGGAUCUUAAAAUGCAAAUCUGACAUUUGCAUUAUUUUCUUGUUUAUAUGGUAUGUGCACACGGGCUUGUUUUUGGCGUUCUGUUUUAACUCUGACGUCCGGGACCAGUUUUUCCUGCAGAAUUGCACGUCGAACACGAAACAAGUCAUUUUGUCUUCUCGGGACACUGUUAUUUCCUGUGGCUUUUAAACAAUAUCCAUUUCUAAGCCACUUUUCCAAAGCAGUGACAACACUGUAACUCGUGAAGCUGUGAACUUUGACGCUCUCAGAGGAUUUGAUAAGUACAAAGAUGAAAUGAGUUUUUAUACUACUGGAAGCAGAUUUUCUUUCUUUUCUCUAUUUACCGACGAUGGUGAAGCGCUGGAAUAUAAAGGAGUGUGUGAUGUCUUUCUUCAAUACUGCUCCUGACUUCUUAAGAUCAUUUUGCGGUGCGCCCUCUUCACCAGACUGCUUGUCAUUCUCAAAAGUUGUUAAGCUUAAUUUCCGUCGACAUGGCUGGGAAGUACAAUCACACAUUCUGGAGUCUGUAGAGGAAGCCACUCAAUGAUCGUCCCGUCAUUAAGUCUUAAUGCACAUUUUGGGGAAAGUCUGCAUAUUCCAGCUUCUCCAGAAGAGGAACUCAUGUGCAUUGUCAAUCCAGUGUCUCACAAAUGUGUUUUAGCAUUUAAACGAACAGUAGAGAAACGAAGUGGAUGCUGUGAAGGAAUCGCCACGACUCCGCUCUCUCAUAUAAACUGGAAGCUGUUCCUGUUGAAGCAUGACGAUCCUUUACCCGUGGAACCAGAUGUUUGUACCUCCGAUGCUUCAACUCGCUUUUCUCUUCAAUGUGCUUUUGUAUUUUUUUGAGAUUGUGCCAACAAAGGAAGCACAACUCUGAACAUCUUUAUUUUUAAAUGUCUUUACCUUAGGCCUGUUUUUAACGAUGACAGCUCCAACGAGGAAAACGAGCCUGACUUUUUUUUCUCAUUACAUUUAUGCUCUGUAAGACUUUUACUACACUGAUGCAAUCCCUGUGUUUUUCGUAGUGGUCAUAUUCUAUUUGUUGUUUGUUACGCAAAGCUGUUGUACAGGUCGUGGACAUUUACAAAAUGAAGAAAAACAAAAAAAGUACUGAAAUGGACUUUUCUUUUUAAUUUCUUAAAAAAGCUUAUUUUACAUUUUUUUUAAUGUUUCUAUUUGAUUUGCUCGUAGAUGUUUUUUAUUUCAUUUUAGAAUCUGUAGCAAGCACAAAGUGUUGCUUCAUUAAUGUGAAUAAGGUAAAUAGGUUUAAACAAAAUUUAUUUAGUUUUAUUUCUAUUCAUCACUAGGGAUGUAAUCAGUUUUUAUUUUUUAUUUUGUAAAUCUUGUUUGCUGCCUCUUUAAUGUGUACAUGUAAAACCUGUGGUGAUUCUGAGCUUGAAUGCUGUGUUUUAAAAUUAAACAAACCUUAACUGUC